UCUCAAGGGACCGGUGUUAGGGCAAGAACAUUUUUGGACGUUUUGUGAAGGCUAUAGGCCAAGGCUACCUCCUCUGCCAGUUCCUUGGUCUCUGUCAACAUGUCUGUUGGAGCAGAAAUGGACCCACAGAUCUGAUUGGUCUACAUAGCUGCUAAAAAAUGGAUGUCCCUCAAGAGGGAGAGGAUGCUGUUGGUGGAAAUCAGACAGGCAGAGCAGCAUGUGCCGUGUCCAGCCACGUGUCCAUGAAGAAUGAGGAGCCCGUCACUGAUGGGCAUCAGGGGGUCAGCACAGGAAGAGUGCUGUCUUAUCCAAGACCACAGACAUACAGACCAGUGUCUCCAGUGCCCAGCUGUAUGUCCAUGAAGAGUAACUGCUCAAUGGGGGAUCCUCCCACUUUCAGCAGUGGACCACCACAGUCUGAUCCAAAACCACAGACAUACAGACCAGUGUCUCCAGUGCCCAGCUGUAUGUCCAUGAAGAGUGACUGCUCAAUGGGGGAUCCUCCCACUUUCAGCAGUGGACCACCACAGUCUGAUUUAAAACCACAGACAUACAGACCAGUGUCUCCAGUGUCCAGCUGUAUGUCCAUGAAGAGUGACUGCUCAAUGGGGGAUCCUCCCACUUUCAGCAGUGGACCACCACAGUCUGAUCCAAAACCACAGACAUACAGACCAGUGUCUCCAGUGUUCAGCUGUGUGUCCAUGAAGAGUGACUGGUCAAUGGGGGAUCCUCCCACUUUCAGCAGUGGACCACCCCAGUCUGAUCCAAAGAACAUCCUGACCCAGGAUCAGUCCAGGUGUGGAGUGUGUGAGCAGCUACUGAGGGACCCAGUCAUCACCAGUUGUGGACACAGUUUCUGCAGGCAGUGCAUCAGCAGCUACUGGAGCCAGUCUGGUGCACCAGGAGACUACAGCUGCCCACAGUGCAGAAAGAGACCCAUAACACAACCCAUUAUAAACCCUGAAAUAAGUAUGGCACAAUCACUAUUGUACUCGUCAACAACCAUGGCACAACCUCACCUAUACCCACCUACAGCCAUGGCACAACCUCACCUAUACCCACCUACAGCCAUGUCACAACCUCACCUAUACCCAUCUACAGCCAUGGCACAACCUCACCUAUACCCACCUACAGCCAUGGCACAACCUCACCAAUAUCCACCUACAGUCAUGGCACAACGUCACCUAUACCCACCUACAGCCAUGGCACAACCUCACCUAUACCCACCUACAACCAUAGCACAACCUCACUUAUACCCACCUACAGCCAUGGCACAACCUCACUUAUACCCACCUACAGCCAUGGCACAACCUCACCUAUACCCAUCUACAGCCAUGGCACAACCUUCAUCUUACCAACACAGUGAAAUGGCACUCCAUCUGAACCCAUCUGCAAACAUGGCACAAGUUCCUCCAUCCCCACACACAGACACGGGGCUGCGUCCUCAGUACUCAAACUCAGCCAUGGGGCAGCGUAAUCAUCCACACAUCCAGCACCCUCUUUAUCCACACAUCCACAUGGCACAGAUCUCUCCACAGCCUCCCUUAGAUGAGCACACAGUCAUGGGAGGCAGCACCCAUCUGCAAACUGAGCAUGCUCCAGUCAAAAGGGCCAAACGAACAGAUGACGAUGUCCUCACCAGAGUACUGAUGACCCAUAAAGCCAGCAUGAAGAGGAGGUUUGAGAACAUAUGUGAAGGCAUCAUAAGGUCAGGGACUCAAACACUCCUGAACAAGAUCUACACAGAGCUCUACAUCACAGAGGGGGAGAGUGAAGGGGUGAAUAAUGAGCAUGAGGUUUGGCAGGUAGAGUCAGCAUCCAGGCCACAAACGACAGAAGACACGGCAAUCAACUGUAAUGAUAUCUUCAAGCCCUUACCUGGACAGGAGAGACACAUCAGAACUGUGAUGACCAAGGGAAUCGCUGGCAUUGGAAAAACCGUCUCAGUGCAGAAGUUCAUCCUUGACUGGGCAGAGGAGAGAACUAACCAGGAUGUAGAUUUCAUGUGUGUGCUUCCGUUCCGUGAGCUGAAUCUGGUCAAACAUGAUCAGUACAGUCUUCACAGACUCCUGCUUGACUUCCACCCUGAGCUUAAAGAGCUACAAGAUGGUGAAUACAAAGACUGCCACAUUGUGUUCAUCUUUGAUGGUCUGGAUGAGAGUCGACUUCCACUGAAUUUCCGAAAGAAUCAAAAGUUGUCUGAUGUGACACAGACAUCAUCAGUGGAUGUGCUGAUGACGAGCCUCAUCCAGGGAACUCUGCUUUCCUCUGCUCUCCUCUGGAUAACCUCCCGACCAGCAGCAACCAGUCAGAUCCCUUCUCAGUGCAUCAGUCUGGUGACAGAAGUACGAGGGUUCAAUGACCCACAGAAGGAAGAGUACUUCAGGAAGAGGAUCAGUGACCAGAAUCAAGCCAACAGAAUCGUCUCACACAUUACAGCAACCAGGAGUCUCCACAUAAUGUGCCACAUGCCAGUCUUCUGUUGGAUCUCAGCUACUGUCCUUCAGCAGAUACUGGAACAGGAUGAUGGGAAAGAAGCCCCCAAAACACUGACUGAAAUGUUCAUACACUUCCUGCUUAUCCAAACCACUAGAAAGAACCAGAAGUAUCAAGUGGAAAAUGAGACAGAUAGACAGAGGCUCCUGGAUUCACACAAGGGUGUCAUAUUGAAGCUGGCAGAGCUGGCUUUCAAGAAUCUGGAAAAUGGCAAUCUCAUGUUCUAUGAGGAAGACCUGGGAGAGUGUGGCAUCGAUGUCAGUGAAGCUUCAGUGUACUCUGGCAUGUGCACUGAGAUCUUCAGGGAGGAAUGUGUGUUUCAUCACAAGAAAGUCUACUGCUUUGUCCAUCUGAGCAUCCAGGAGUUUCUGGCUGCACUUCAUUUGUUUGCCUCCUAUUUAAGUAAAAACAUGAAGGUCCUGAAACAAUUUCUUUCAAGGUCUUUGCCAGAUUUGCCUCUAGAUGAGUUGCUGAAGAAAGCAGUGAACAAAGCUUUGGAAAGCAAGAAUGGACACCUUGAUUUGUUUGUGCGCUUUCUUCAUGGCAUUUCUCUUGUGUCAAAUCAGAGUCUUUUGCUUGGCCUCCUGACACACACACAUAGCAGCCCAGAGAGUGUGAAGAAAACAAUAAAGAACCUGAAGGUGAUGCAGAGACCAAAUAUCUCCCCCGAGAGGUGCAUCAAUCUGUUCCACUGCCUGGUGGAAAUGCAUGACUCUUCUGUUCAUGAUGAAAUCCAGGCUUUCCUGAAGGCAGAGAAAGGUGCCGUGAAACAGCUCACACUGGCUCACUGCUCAGCCUUGGCUCAUGUGCUUCUGAUGUCUGAUGAGGUGCUGGAUGAGUUGGACUUGAACAAAUACAAAACCUCUCCAGAAGGUCGUAGGAGACUGGUUCCAGCUGUGAGAUGCUGCAGAAAGGCUCUACUUGCUGGUUGUGAGUUAAAAGAGGAAUCUUGUAAGGCUGUAGCCUCUGCUUUGCAGUCCUCCAUCUCCCUAAAGGAACUGGACCUGAGUCACAAUGACCUGAAGGAGUCUGGAGUUCAGCUUCUCUCUACAGGACUCAGUAGCCCUCACUGUAAACUGACAACAUUAAGACUUGCUGGUUGUAAGCUAACAGAGGAUUCCUGUAAGGCUGUAGCCUCUGCUUUGCAGUCCUCCAUCUCCCUAAAGGAACUGGACCUGAGUCACAAUGACCUGAAGGAGUCUGGAGUUCAGCUUCUCUGUACAGGACUCCGUAGCCCUCACUGUAAACUGCAGACUUUAAGACUUGCUGGUUGUGAGCUAACAGAGGAAUCCUGUAAGGCUGUAGCCUCUGCUUUGCAGUCCUCCAUCUCCCUAAAGGAACUGGACCUGAGUCACAAUGACCUGAAGGAGUCUGGAGUUCAGCUUCUCUCUACAGGACUCAGUAGCCCUCACUGUAAACUGACAACAUUAAGGCUCAAUCUGUGCCACCUCUCUAAAGCAAGCUGUGAAAUGAUGGCAUCCGUGCUGCAAAGUGCACCUUCCCAUCUGAGAGAACUGGACAUGAGUGACAAUGACCUGCAGGAUGAAGGAGUGGAGCUGCUCUGUGCAGGACUAAGAGAUCCACAAUGCAAGCUGGAGACACUGAGACUGUCUGGUUGUCGCAUCACACAUGAGGGCUGUUCUCUCUUCUCCUCUGCCCUCAAAUCAAACCCCUCCUACCUGAAACAGCUGGAUCUGAACUACAAUCACCCAGGAGACUCAGGUGUCAGAGAGCUCACAGACAGACUGAAUGAUCCCAGCUGUAAACUAGAGACGUUGAGUUAUGACCAUGGAGGAGAGUGCAGGAUUAAACCAGGACCCAGAAAAUAUGCCUGUGAGCUCACACUGGACCCAAACACAGCACACAGACAACUCUCUCUCUCUGAGGGGAACAGAAAGGUGACAUGGGGGAGUCCGCAGCAGCCGUAUCCUGACCACCCAGAGAGAUUUGACUCCCACUGGCAGGUGCUGUGUAGAGAGGGUCUCACGGGUCAGUCUGGACGCUACUACUGGGAGGCUGAGUGGAGUGGUGAUGGUGAUGGUACAGUUUCUAUAGCAGUGGCCUAUAAAAGCAUGGAGAGGAAAGGGAGGGGGGCCAGCAGCUUGUUUGGACAUAAUGCCAAGUCCUGGAGACUGGAGUGCUCUGGUAACAGUUACUCUGCCUGGCACAAUAAUAAGAAGACUGCCAUACCUGCCCCCUCCUCCCGCUCCAGCAGAGUAGGAGUGUACCUGGACUGGCCAGCAGGCACUCUGUCCUUCUACAGCGUCUCCUCUAACACACUCACCCACCUGCACACGUUCCACUCCACAUUCACUGAGCCCCUCUAUCCUGGGUUUUAUGUUGAUUAUACAUGCUCAGUGUCCCUGUGCCAGAUCACAUGACCUCCUAAUCCUGCAGCAGAGGAGAGCCACACAUUUGUUUACACACUCUCACCUGUUUACACACUCCUGUGUGUGUGUGUGUGUGUGUGUGUGUGUGUGUGUGUGUGUGUGUGUGUGUGUGUGUGUGUGUGUGUGUGUGUGUGUGUGUGUGUGUGUGUGUGUGUGUUCCUUUUAUUGCCUCAUCUGUGUUGCAUCUUCCCUCUGGCUUAUCCCCUGAAUUUAGUGCUCCCUCUGUUUCUUGUAUGUGUGUGUGUGUGUGUUUAUUAUGUGUGUGUCUAUGGCCCAAUCCCAAUGUCAGCCCUAAAGACUAAGAACUAAAGACUCACAGACUUAAAGGGAUAGUUCGGGUUUUAAGACACGAAGUUAUAUGGGUUCCCCGUCAGCAACGUUGUGCAUCAGCACUGACUUACCCCGCAACAGCGUCCUGUGAGCCGAGAUCCAGCCGGUUUUUGAUGCUGAAGA